AUGGAUGAUCCGGGUCUUGAUGAAAUUGCUCGUCAAUUAUCCGAUCUGGAAGUGGCACUCCUUCUGUGUCUUGUUGCCCGUGAACACUGCCUGAUCGAGACCACCAGUCAUUGUAUUCACGACCUCGCCAAAGAACUUGCCUUGAUUGCCACAACUACCUUCAAUUAUUCAUAUUGCAUUAUCGACUGCUCCUCGGCAACGUCUAUUGACGAUGUUGCCAAUGAUGUUCUCACUCCUGACGCACGAACACAGCACCGCCCACCGCGUCCAUGGCUGAGCACUGAACCAUCAAGCAAACGUUCAUCAUAUAAGAGCUUUGAUGACCCGAAGAAGGGACCAGUCCCUAUUGCUCACCUUGCUAGCAGUAAUGUCGUAAAUGUUGUGAUCGCCAAAAACCUCAACUUCGUCAGCGAUGAUAUUCAAGCACAUCUCCUACAGUUGAUGCGAUCAAGGGAAUUGGUCGUCGAGAGUGGCACCCUUAAUGCACCCGACGAAUUCCUGUUUAUCCCUCUUGUAUCUCGAGACUCUGAUCAACUUCAACCACCUUUGAAGUUUCACCUGAACGACAACCUUUUCAUCUCCCACUUUCAUAGCCCGGAGUCCGGCUACACUUAUCUCGAAGAAAACGAUUGGCUUUCAGAUGGGCAACUCUCUGCCUCAUCUGUUAUUCAUAAUUCAAAGGGUCACCAAAUAAAGGGGCCAGCUAUCACCCAAACGGUGAUAGAACAACUCCAAGAAGCAAGUACGACAGUAUCUACAAGUUCUGAAGUUGUUCGAUACAUCCAAGACAUAGUUGUCUUCUUACGGCUCAGUCGCGCUGUUGCCGGUGGUGUAUCUGCCAAAGCCAACAUCCAAUUUUCCCGAUUUGCACAACUUCUAGCACCUCUACAUGGAAUCGAUUAUCUAACCCCUUCAAUCGUGGCCUUGGCUGCAAGGAAGGUCUUCCGCCAUCGCAUCAUCGUCACAGCCCCAGGCGAAGACCGCAGUCUACAGUACGGAAGUAAUAUACAUGCAGUGUCUCAGGUUCUCGCUGAUGUUACACCGGAUACAAUCCUAGAUGGUGUUCUGGCUCUGGAGCCACCGUUAUAA